UUCUAGAUAGAAAAUUGUGUCAAAGAUUAAUUUUAAUAUUUAUUCCAAAGGUGAAAUGGAAAUGGCAGAGGAUAUACUUGUCUCCAAUGCAUCUACAACCGUGCCUUAGCUGUCAUAUCUGUUAUCUUAAUUAACGUCUUGGGUAAGACGUCAGUGGUUAUCUUAUUUUGGUUGUUCUGUGAACGCCGCUAGACGCGCAAGCGCAUUCAGUUGAUGUCCGAGCGUGGUAGUUGACUCACGUGUGAAAAAUUCUGAUUUUUGUCAAUAUUUGCAAAAAGUAGUUCAUAUAAUACAAUUAGCCUUACUCCAAACAGUGCUUUGAGAUCUCCGGAUUAACUUACAUCUCAAGUUACAGUGCAGUUCUACGUUGUUCAGAAGAUAUCAGACAAAAUAUGUAUGGUUUUUCUCCAUAACCUAUAAGUAUAGCAUCUUGAAUUAUUAGGUGUUUAUCACGUAAAUGACCGGUAAAUCAGAAGAUUUCCUUAUCGCGGUAGUGUCCUAGCAGGUAAAUCAACUUAACCAGAUGGCCUGUAGUAGGAAGCAACAACAUUUCCAGUGAACAUUUUCUUCUACCGCGUUGUCUGUCUUUGACAUUGUAACAUUAUGGAUAUAGAUUUGUUCAGAGACGAGGAACAGUUCUCCACCUAUCAAAACAACUAUCUGGAUUUGGAUGUGUCUACAAGCCCUAACAAUUACUCUAAUUCAGAUAAUGUAUAUCAGUGGAAUUAUAGCACUACUUCAGAUAUAUGUGAAGAACUGGAAAGUACCAGUCAUAUAAGUACUGGUAAUAUAAAUUCACCACCUAAGGAAGAUCUUCAAAAAAUCAUGAAUGAGUGGCAGCAACUAUUAAACAUGGAUCCUCUUUGUGAUGAUUUUUCAAUAGAAGACGCUCUCACAAACACAACUGAACAAACAGAAGAUGAAACCUCAUCCCAAGAACAAUCUUCACUGGAUGAAAUUCUUGAUGAUCCUAACACUAGUCAUUUUGAUAUCACUGAGUACAUCAACCAAGAUGCCACAAAACCUAAAACUGCCCAACCUAGUCACAGAAUUAGAGCAGGAUGUAAAAAAAUUGACUUAAAAGCACAAAGAUAUAUAAUUGAAGAUGAUGAACCAGAGGUGGAUGUUGAGACAGUCUCAGAUAGUGAAGAUGGUGAGGCAUCCAUCAAAAAAGAAUGUACAGACAAAGUUUGUGAUGAUAAAGUUAAGGCUGAGAGUGUAUAUAUUGAGAAAAAACAUAUUGUGGUGAAAGAAGAAGCUUUAGAAGAAGCAAACAAUUUGGAUGUGAUGGAAAAAGACAGGGUAGUUAAGGAUAGUUUUGUACAGGAAAAUGGUAAGACUGUAAAAAGUGAGAAUGUGAAGAAGGAAGUAUUCCCAGAAAUAAAGAAAGAUGUUUGCAAAGUGAAACAAGAGCCUAGGAUAGUGAAUAGGUUGGUUGAGGAGAAAAAGUAUGAUGCAAAGUCAUCUGUCAAGACCAUAGAAGUGAAAGCAUGCUCAAAAAUGUCAAAAUCCCAAUCAACUUGCCCCAGCGAACAAACCUCAGAAUCAACUACCUCAAUGGUAAAAAUGGGAAUGCAGCAAACCUCAAAGCUACCUCAGCAAAAAAAUGCACCAUUGCUUCCACAAGACCUUCUAGAUCGAAUGAAGGAAUCUGCAAAGAGGAAACCAAUAUCAGUGAUUCCUCCAAUUCCUGCCAAAAGAAGACAUGGUAACAGGUCAAAAGCACAAGAUCAAAAACCAACCCCUCAAGCACAACCACAAGCUCCAGCCUGUUCAGACUACAUCUAUUUAGAUCACAAUUACUGCAGCACAUCAACAUCUUCAGCAUCUUCAGUGCAGGGCAGUCCAGCUUCUUAUAGGGAAAUGCCCAAGAAAGAUUCAGGAUUCGAAUCUGCUGAAGAUGAGCUCAAAGAUACUAUUGAUGUGCAUGAAAGACAACCCAUGGUCAAAGGAGCAGAUGGGAAACUCAUGGUCUCUUUACUCAAAGUCAACACUAUAAGAACAACAGAGCCCAGACAAAAGAAAAAAUUGAAUCUAGAAGAAUACAAAAAGCGCAGAGAAGGGUUUUUUAUGUCGCAAAACAGUUCUCGAAAUUGUUCUCCAGCUAGCAGUACAUGUAGCAGUCCCUUACCUGAAGAUGAUAAUAUGAAACUGAUCAGACAUCAAGAGAAAUUGAUGAGAAUGGCACAAGAGGUUCUCAAUACUCCACCAAAGUCUGAAAGAAAAUCCGAACCAACUGUUGUAGUCCCAACUCGUAAACCAUUACCUGUACCGGCAGAUAUUGAGAAGAAGGAAUUGGUUAGUAUAGGUGUGAACACAGAUUUCAAAGUUCGCAAAAAUCUUGAUCCUUUAGCUCCUGUUGAGCAGCUCGAGGAGAUCAAACCUCUUUUGAAAAAAGCCAGUGCCAAAAUCAAUUGUAAUUCCCUGAUUACUUCGUUGAUUGAAAAUAUUCCUAAAGUGAUAGAUAGUUGUGAUGCUCCAACUAUUUCCGAACCUCCAGCCAAAAAAGACCAUGGAGAGGAUAAGACGAUAGUUUACCUGCCGAAGAACCGUUCAUCAGUGAAAACAGUCAGUACACUCGUUCAAACCAACAUUUCCCUGAUCAAACAGACUAAAGCAUCCAUGAGAAGACAAAACAGGGAGUACAGGAAAAGGAGGAGAAGUUCAAGUGGAUCUGCCUCAGAAAGAAGUAGAUCUAGCAGCAGCACAAGCAGCGGUUGCAGCAGAAGCAGGGAAAGAGGCAGAACGAAAGGCAGGAAACGGGACAGAAGAAGAAGCUCGCAUACUUCCUGUGGAAGCACAAGAAGUUCCCGCAGCUCCAGAAGUUCUGUUUCUGGGUAUCCAUUGUCAUAUUCCUCCAGAUGUUCGUCACGAUCAAGAUCUCGAUCAAUUUCGCCGAAGCAUUCAAGAAAAGAAAAAGAAAGGUUAAAGGAGGUAGAAGAGCGUAGAGUGAUCUACGUAGGUCGCUUGCUACCAACCUCAACCAGAGACGAACUUAGAAAGAGAUUCCAAAAAUUCGGACCGAUCACGAAUGUUAGUUUGCAUAAGAGAGAACACGGAGAUAACUACGGUUUUGUAACAUUUGCGAAUAAGCUGGAUGCAUAUGAAGCCAUAGAACAUGGAAAUGAUGAUCCAUACUUGCCAAAAUAUGACCUCAGCUUCGGAGGCCGGAGGAUAUUCUGCAAAACUUCAUAUUCAGACUUAGAUAAUGUGCACGACGAUGCUCCUUAUUUCCCAUCACGAACAGUAGAAGACUCUUUUGACACCCUUUUGAGGGAAGUACAGGAAAAAUUACGGAAACGCAAAGCUUGACGAUUGCUGAACAUUUAUACAAUCUUAGAUCAAUAUGUCUCGGAGAAUUUAUGUUACUAUUUGUCUUUAUUAGGAUACAGGUCUUAUUUCCACGUUUCAUAUUAUGUAAUAUAAUUUAUUUCUGGUUUCAAAGAAUUUCGAUAAUAUACAACAGAUGGAACAUUUUCGCUUUUCAACCAAGUAUUGUGGUCAAAUGAUUUUUCAACAAUAUUAUUAAUAUUUGCCGGACAAAUAUACAGUGGAUCAAAAAAGUAUUGGCCCAUAUUUUUCCCCUGAAUCUCGAACAAAGUUCUAGCUGUAAAUAAAUUUUGUUAAAGCUUAUUUAUUUAUUUCUUUGUUUUUUUUUAGUGUGUCAGUACUUUUUUGACCAUCAAAGUUCAUAAUUCCUAUUAUUAUUCUUGCAUUCUUUUUAGUUUAACUAAAUGAAAAUUAAUAUAUUGAUGUUAGCUUUCAAAUAAAUAUAGUAAAAAAAAUACAUUUUCUUUAUUGAGAUUCAAGAAAAAAAAAAGUGAAGUAUGCCAAUACUUUUUCCACCUACUGAACCUCCACGAGUCUUUUUAGCAUGAAUUAUUAUGAAGUAAUCCGAUGAUUUUUUAUUUUUGUAUAUAUUAUAUUUUUGCAGAUGGUUUUAACCUUGCAACAGCUCUUUUCAAUUUUAAUUGCAUGUUUUAAUCUAGCACUUUCUGACAUUAGACCAUUAAGACAUUUUUUGGUUCCUUUAUUUAAGCAUUUCUUUUUAAAAGCAUGUAAUUUAAAUAUGCGUCAAAAAAAUUGUAAAAGAAACUGUAUCAAGACUUUGUUUUACAGAUGCCUAUUCACAUUUAAUCUUUAUUAAAUGCAAUCUUACGUUUUCCCAUAUUGGGCUGUGUAUUUUGUAUUAAACAUAUUUUGUUAUAGUUCUAAAAUAAAAAGUAUUAACAA